UCCGGUACACUAUACUCUCCUGGUAACGCGAUCAUAUGGCGUUGCGCCCGAGAGCCACUAUACUCGGAUGCCACACUCGGGCGUUGAUGCAUAGGCUAUUAAGUCCCUCCAUGCCCCAGGCUGCCAUUUGCAGCAUAAGCACAGGCCAUGCUACGAUUUCGUCCUGAAAUGGUACUCAGGGUUCGCAUAUCGCGCUUCCAAAGCGUGAACAAGCCACGAGUGAUUGGCCUAGCAAUCAGGACGGCCACACCUCAGCUCGCAAAAGUAUAUAUACCAGUACUUCCGAGCCCCCAGCUCCUCAUCUCCCACCACUCCGAUUCUAAUCCCCCGUCACGGAAUCCGCAAUUAGCCCACCAACCCAACCAGAACAAAUUGCUAUUCGUCAUGUGCACCACCAUCACUCUUGCCGCUGUCAACGACACUACCGCGCCUUUCAAUGCUGCACGUGCCACCAACUGCCAAGUUCCUGUGGACAAUGGAGGCAGUGGCCAAGGGCCUCAAUGCUGCCACUGUGGCUGGCGCGGCAAGCACGCUCCCACCUGCCCCUUCAAGUAGACUUGCGCCCUUCAAGGUAUGU